CAUAAAACCCCACUCACCCCAAUUGAAACCAAAGACAACCAUACGCCAUGCUUUCUCUUCAGAGAAUCGCCAUUUCGGCUCUGCUGAUCCUCACGAUCACUUUUGUCUUCUUUGCGCAGUCCUCGGAGGCUGCGAAGGGUCCGAAGGUCACCCACAAGGUGUACUUUGAUAUCGAGCACGGCGAUGAGAAGCUGGGACGUAUCGUGAUAGGUCUGUACGGCAAGACCGUGCCCAAGACCGCUGAGAACUUCCGUGCUUUGGCUACGGGCGAGAAGGGCUUCGGAUACGAGGGCUCCACCUUCCAUCGUGUCAUCAAGCAGUUCAUGAUCCAGGGUGGAGACUUCACCAACGGAGACGGAACUGGUGGAAAGUCCAUCUACGGCCAGAAGUUCCCCGACGAGAACUUCAAGCUCAAGCAUACCAAGAAGGGGAUUCUCAGCAUGGCAAAUUCCGGAAAAGAUACGAACGGCAGUCAGUUUUUCAUCACGACCGUCGUUACCAGCUGGCUCGAUGGCCGCCACGUUGUCUUCGGCGAAGUACUCGAGGGCUACGACAUUGUCGAGAAGAUUGAGAACGUGCCCAAGGGAGCGGGCGACAAGCCGGCGAAGACGGUCAAGAUCGCGAAGAGCGGCGAGCUGCCCGUGCCGGAAGAAGGUAUCCACGUUGAACUCUAAGCCAGUGGAGUGGCAUGAAUGCUGGAGAGGCGCUGAUACUUUCUUUUCUUUCAAGAUGAAUACGGUUCAGCGGAGCCCGCCAUAGAGGGCGACGAUCUCGACGUUACUUCCUCCCAGCAAUCACUUUCCGACUCUGCUGAUGUCGCACAACCUCCUAGUGAGCCAGAGAAAAUCCCAACAUCCAUUCCAGUACAAAUCGACGAUGGUCUUUCCUGGGGGCAGAAGUUGUUCUUUUUCGGCAUCAUCGUUGGCGUCUGCGCAAUUUUUCUUCGUUCUCGCGGAGGCCACGGCUCAGAUAGACUCAAGGAGAAAAGCAUGGCGUAACUUCUAUGGCGACGUAGCCGCCUUACAAAUGGAGCACGUUCACAGGAGUACCCUGCACCGAAAGCGCGGUAGCACAGAUCUCGCACCCGUAGAUUAUCGUGAAGCCCCGUGCGUGCGAACACCCGCGAG